UAUAUUAUAUCGAAAAGGUGUACGAGUUUUUAAUAAUUUGCUCAGUCGCACCGUCAAUCUCAGUUACUAUCUUUCUUUCUUCUUUAAGGCUUGGAUAUGACGGAUGGUCAAAACGACGCCGCUUCUUCUUCUUCUCAGUCACUCACGGAGGAAACAAUCUCAACCAGAACCCUAGCAUCACUAUUUCCUCACGCGCCGCAUCUUCCAUUCGAUCUGUUGGCAGAAAUUCUCUCUAGACUCCCCGUCAAACACCUCCUUCAACUCCGCCGCGUCUCCAACUCAUGGAAUUAUCUUAUCUCUCAUGAUUCCAAAUUUGCCGCAAAGCACCUCCGCUGGUCAACCUCCAAUCACAACCGCCACCACCUCAUCCUAAACUCUACUCUCUCCUCACGUGUAGUGAGGAGAACAAUUUGGAAAGUUGGCAAAGAUGAUCCAAGAAAAGUGGUUCAUUCUUUGAAAGUUGGUCUGGCUUUGACACUAAUUUCUUUGUUGUAUCUUACGGAUCCAUUGUACAAAGGGAUAGGAAAGAAUGCUGUGGUGGCUGUCAUGACCGUGGUGGUUGUGAUGGAGUUCACUGUAGGGGGAACCUUAUGCAAAGGACUUAAUAGAGGCUUAGGGACUCUCUCCGCAGGAUUGUUGGCAUUUUUUAUUGAGUAUCUUGCAGAUGCACCUGGUCAUGUUUUUCGAGCGGUUUUCAUUGGCGCUGCAGUUUUUCUUUUAGGAGCUGCAGCUACUUAUGUAAGAUUCAUUCCUUAUAUAAAGAAGAAUUAUGACUAUGGUGUUAUGAUAUUUCUUUUGACAUUCAAUUUGAUAAUUGUAUCAAGUUACCGCGUUGAUAAUGUCUUGAGCAUGGCAAAAGACCGCAUCUCUACCAUAUGCAUUGGCGUCGCCCUUUGUCUAGUGAUGAGCCUAUUUGUAUUUCCAAACUGGUCAGGAGAAGACCUUCAUAAAUCCACCAUAUCAAAGCUUGAUGGCAUAGCCAACUCUAUUGAAGUUACUGUUGUGGAAUAUUUUAAUGAUUCUGAAAAAAAAGCAAAUGAAGAUGAUUCAUCUGAGGAUCCAAUUUACAAGUGCUACGAGGCCAUUUUAGACUCUAAGGCCAAGGAUGAAACACUUGCAAUGCAAGCAAACUGGGAGCCGAGAUACUCAAGAAGCUGCCACAGGAUUCCGUGGCAGCAAUAUGCAACAGUGGGGGCUUCUCUUCGUCAUUUUAGUUACACCGUUGUAGCUCUACAUGGAUGUCUUCAGUCUGAAAUUCAGACACCGAGGUCAAUCCGCAAUCUGUACAAAGAUUCUUGCAUCAAACUUGCACAAGAAGUAUCAAAGGUACUUAGGGUAAUGGCGAACAGCAUAAGGAACAAGCGGCAAUUUCCCCUCGAAAGACUCUCUGAUAAUCUGAGUGAAGCUUUACAAGACCUUGACAAUGCAUUGAAAUCACAUCCACAACUUUUACUAGGAUCGAGGAAUGGUCGAAGUCAAAUCCCUAUAACCCCCAAAACUCCUAAAACCCCCAACCUCUACAUGCUUGAUGAAGACACUAGAAUCACCUUAUCAAGUAUUAAAAGUGAUUAUUGUUCUCCGGUUGGAAAUAAAUCGAAAGAGCACUCCCGAGAACAAACAAAAGAAGGACAAGGACACAAGAAGGUUUUGAGGCCACAAUUGAGUAAUAAUAUGACUAUGAGUAUGAUCACUAGCCUUGAAUUCUCAGAAGCACUACCUUUUGCUGCUUUCACUUCAUUGCUGGUGGAGAUGGUUGCAAAACUAGGCCAUGUUAUGGAAAAAGUUGAAGAAUUGGGCAAUAUGUCUCACUUUAGAAAGUUUAGAGAUGUCGAUGAUGACGAUGAGAUUGUUGUAACUUGUGAGAGACCAAAAACGAAUACAGCUGAGAAUGACCUGCCUUCUUAUGGAGGAGUAGAGUAGCUGUUUCAUUAAAGUUUUCCUCCUCGGUUUUAAUGUCUAUUAUCACAUGAGCAGAUGCAUACUCACAUUCAUAUGUGUAUGUCAAGGAACUUAACAAACCAAAUAUACUUCAUUAUCCCUAAAGAGCAAAGUGAGGUUCUUUGGUUUGGUAUGUUAAGUUUGCUUGCAUUGUUUUAGUUGAAUGGUAAUGACACAUUACCUAUUUUGAGCUUUUGUAUAGGGGAGAGUAAGGCCUAUACUACUUUACUAUCUCAUAUCAAAGUUUUGCUUUUUGUCUUGAAGUUUGAUCUUUUCGGUUUAUGAGGCGCUGUUCAGUUGUAAGAAAUUGACCCUAUAAUUUCGCAGGACAAAGUUCAAACCUUUUUGAAAAUGAAUGUAAAAUGAACAUUAGUGUCAUUUUAUUAAUAAUAAUUCUCUUCCCCAAUAUAUAUACAUUUCUACCUUAUUUUUACUAA